AUGGCCUCUAGGGCCUCCAAUGUCUCUUUUGCAGAUUCCAACGCAGAUUCUGUAGAGACCACUGGGACCUCGCUAUUGCCAGCCCUGCAGGCCAAGGCAGGCUCAUAUGCAGAGGAUCUUCGGCCGCUAGACGAGGAAGAGUAUGACCCAAGGAGCUUCGACAUUGUCGCUCCGUCCCAUGAGGAGCAGGCGGUGUACUCGCUGGAGAGGCGCUCAGAACUCCUCUUCUCCAAAGAGCACAUGGCCACCAUAUUGGCCGACUCACGCCUCCUUGGUCAAUUUGCUCACUUUCUUGCCACCGUAAGGCCAGAUUCUGUUCCUCUUCUGAAAUACUAUCUAGAAAGUGAAAAGGCAAUGAGAGCCAUAAGGUAUGCCAACUCGGUGAUGGCAUCCCUGGGGGCAUUGAACGGACAUGAGUUCACUGCCGACAUUGCUGAGGAUACCUCGAAUAACGGCCUCCAGGCUAAGCACGACGCGGCACUUGAAGCACUGACAAGAGACGAGCUCCCCAUGUUCAUCACCCACAAAUAUAUUGGUAUCGUCAGCCUGUCUAUCAAGCAAAGAAUAACGGGAAUCAUGCCGGCGCAUCUUCGAAAUGCAUCAGAGGGAUUGGCGGAGGUGUUCUGCCUGACAGAUCCAUCCAGACAGGACAAUCCCAUCAUCCUUGCCUCAGACGAAUUUCAUCGCACCACACAAUAUGGCAUGGAUUACGUUAUUGGCCGCAAUUGUCGCUUCCUCCAGGGCCCCGGCACGAAUCCAUUCAGCAUCCAAAGGAUCAGAGAUCGGCUUGCUGCUGGGCAGGAUCACUUCGAGACAUUUCUGAAUUAUCGGCGUGACGGGUCUCCCUUCAUGAACCUUUUGGUCUGUGCGCCGUUGAUAGACUCCAGAGGCAAUGUCCGUUACUUCUUGGGUGCUCAGAUUGAUGUUUCAGGAUUGGUUCGGGAAUGCACUGCGCUAGAAGGCUUCAAGCGCAUUGCCGACACCGAGGAAGAUGAGGUUGAGGAGUCCGGGGCGGAGAGAACAAAUGGAAUCGUCGAUGAGGAAGUCAAGAGGGACGCCACAACAUCGUGUCGCGAACUGAGUGAGAUGUUUAACCGCCAUGAACUCGAGACAGUCCGGCGCUACGGCGGAGGCAUGCAUCAGUCGCGGGAUUCAUACGAUGCACCAUCGAGACAGGACGCCAAUUGGAAUACACCCUACCUGGUGCUCGAAGAUGGCGCAUCGCCUCAGCAAUCGCCUCUCCCAAGAGCCUCGUUUCCAGACACAUCAAACGGGUACCCGGCGGAAUCGCCCCUCCCUGGCCUCCACACCAAGGCAAACGGACGGCUCCCGGGAAUCUAUGAGCACUAUCUCCUCGUCCGCCCUGCUCCAAGUCUACAGAUCCUAUUUGCCUCCCCAAGCUUGCGAGUUCCUGGCAUGCUACAGAGUCCUUUCCUGUCACGUAUUGGCGGAUCCGGCCGUAUUCGCCAUCAGCUCGCCCAAGCACUCGCCGAAGAGCAAGGCGUCACUGCAAAGGUUCGCUGGCUGUCGUCGACACGCCACGAUCCCACGGGCAAGGUCGAUCGCGGCAGGUCACGCUGGCUCCACUGCACACCUCUCCGGGGAGUGAACGGGAGCAUCGGCAUAUGGAUGAUUGUCAUCAUAGACGAGGAAGUGGUAUCCAACAUAGCAAGCAAUGGUGCCGCCCCAGCCCACCCUACCCAGCAACCUUCACAUCCACCUUCGCAGCAUGGGCAGAUCAGACCAGGCCCAGGUCGACAGCCCAAACUUGCACCACCGAUCGAAAACCCAGGGUCCCGCAGACCAGUGUCUUUCGUGACCGAGCAGGGCGGAGGGUCAGUGUAG